AUGGGGCUUAUAAUGUUCGCUGUCAGCCUGAGAAGAUGGGAUCGUACGAGCCUUCAAGCCCGGCCUACUCUGGCCUGGGAGGAGCAUCUGAGGAAGGGUCGACCAAGCGACUGGCAGACAGGAAGCGUCAGCGCGACAUCAUGGAGAAUCCACAUCUCCAAAACACAGCCUUCAGGCGGCGGGCCACGCGUUGAACAGAUGCAGAAAGAAAACGGCUCUGCAGAGGAAGAGCUCCGCUUGUCUGAGGUGUGGCCUGAUGCAAGCGCCCGUGCCGCCGACCCUAUGGACGAGGUGGAGGGCAGCGCUGCCGAUGGUGUGCAGCCGAUGCCGGCCCCCGUGAGGAUCAAAGUGGCAGGCAGUUCUAAGGAGAAAGGGGGUGGCUCGCCUGGUACAAGCGCGAACAAGGAGGGUUGCAUGCAUGUGGUGGAGGGUGGCGCUGUCGAUGGUGCACAAACGAGCGGGGGGAUAGGCGGUUUGGCAAAGGAAGGGGGGGGUUCGCCUGGUGAAAGCGCGCACAUGGAAGGUCACAUGCACGCUGUGGAGGGUGGCGCUGCCGAUGGUGCACAGUCGUGCGCAGGACUUGUGAAGAUUGGGGUAGCAGGCAGUUCUGCAAAGGAAGGGGGGGGCUCGCCUUGUGCAAAGGUGUGCAUGGGCGAGGUGGAGAACGGCGCUGCCAGCGAUGCGGAGUCGAGCGCGGACAAAUCAUGUGAUUCGGGCCCUGUCCCUGGCAUUGGGGUGGCUGCAGAGCGACUUGGCGGGCAGAAUAAGAAUGGGCAGGGGCAAGAGGGCCGGAGGGGUGAAGCCAUCGCAGAUUCCGAGUCGGGGGUCAGGGAGAGCUCCGAGCAGACUUCCCCUUUCGCAGAACCAGACCUGGAGGACCCCGAGCUUCGGUCGGAGGUGGUGCGCGAGCUCGAGAAGCUAUUGUCGACCUGGGGCGACAACACCUCGAUCUUCUGUGCCGCCAAGCCGUCCUCCACGGGCCCUGGGGUCAUCUACGAGUUCCGGAACGUGCCUGGCGGGCGCGUGACGUGCCCCUACUUCCCGGCAACUCGCGCGAGGGUGCACGAGAGCACCAACUUCGGGCUCCUGCGGCGGGGGUCCGAGGUGACGUACAUCUGCCACGGGGAGAGCUGCAAGGCCACCCCGCAGUCGGGCAACUUCCGCCUGGGCGUUCUCCCCCCGCCAAUCGCCGCGGCCUUUGGCGACAGCCAGCCCUUGAACAGCGAGAGGGACCACCUGUACUCCGACCGGCAGCUGUUGCCGCUGCCCUUCCUUCGAGAGAACCUGAACGUUAAGAAAGGAGAUGUUGGUGGCGCCCUUAUCCUGGAGCGCCUCUACGUACGUUCGCACGGGCCUGAAGUUCGCCUUCACCUCAUCGGGCUCGUACUACUGGUCCGGUCGUUGCUGGGCCAGGGACCUGAGCGGCGGCCGGAUCCUGCGGGUGCUCCGCGAGGAGCUCUCCAAGAUCGAGGCCGCGUACAUGCGUGA